AUGGCCCUCCCAGUUCUUCGCACCUUGACACAAUGCGCCGAGUACAAUACGACCGUGGCUCCAUUCCUCUCCCAACUACGGCCCCUUCCAGAGGUCUUCGUUCAGGCCUUUGCGAGCCCUGCGGCGCUGAAACAGCUAUAUCUUGACACGAACCCUCUGGUCACAGCUGUUGCCUUCUCGCUGGCUCUCGCCCCCGUCUUCCUGCUGGUCUCGGAGGUCAAUAAGAACUACUCUCAGGUAGAUCGAGUCUGGUCGAUAUUACCAACCAUCUACAAUCUCCACUACGCUCUUUACGCUCGCCUGGCAGGACUUCGCACGACGAGACUUGACGUGGCCGCAGCCAUCAGUGUGGUCUGGACUACACGACUGACCUACAACUAUUUUCGCAAGGGUGGUUAUUCCGUUGGAAGUGAAGACUAUCGUUGGGCCAUUGUGAAGGAGCAUAUUGGACCUGCUGUCUUCUUCGUCUUCAAUGUCCUCUUCAUCUCGUUGUACCAAUCGCUUCUCCUCUUCAGUGUCACCACUCCGACUUAUGUCCUUCUCCUCACUCAGCGCCUGGCCACAUACAGCCCGCAGACGCCCUCAUGGGAUUGGAAAGACACUCUUGCCGGCUCAAUAAUACUAUUUUGCAUAGGCAUCUCAUUUGUGGCUGAUCAACAGCAGUGGAACUACCAUCUGGCCAAGGCUGAUUAUCAGAAGCAAGCCAAAGUACCCGUGGGCUAUGAGCGGGCAGACCUAGACCGGGGCUUCUUGAUCAAAGGUCUCUUCGCCUACUCCAGACACCCAAAUUUUGCCGCCGAGCAAGGUGUCUGGGUUACCCUUUACUUGUGGUCGUGCUUGGCUACAAAGACUUGGUACAAUUGGAGUGGAACCGGAGCAGUGCUCUACUUACUCCUGUUCCAGGGUAGUACUUGGCUAACGGAGCUUCUGUCCUCCGGCAAGUACCCAGAGUACAAGAUCUAUCAAGAGAGAGUUGCAAAAUUUCUGCCUCUGCCAGGUCCAUCGCCAUAUCAUGCCGCAGGCUCCAACCCCCAGGAUAGUGAAGCGCUGAAAGCACGCCAGCGAUACGAUCUACGCUGA